AUGUCGACCCGGCCAUCCAGACGCGCCACCCGGCGCACUGCCGUGAUUGAUUCGGACGACGACAUGGUCGACGCGCCGCCGCCGGUCGCAGAGGAGAGCGAAGAUGAGUUCACACCGGCGCCCGCAAAGAGCCCAAGAAAGUCUUCCGCAGGCAGGCGGAAAACCACGACCGAAGCGCCAACCACACCGCGGAAGCCAGGGAGGCCACGGAAGAGCGUCGCGCCCGCCGCCAGUGUCGAGCCCAGCGAGAUUCUCGAGGCAGACCAGACCGUGACGGCGAUGGAUGUCGACUCACCUCCAAAGAAGGCAUCGCCGCGUAAGCGCAAGAGCGUCGCGCCGAGGGCUUCCAAAGCAGCGACACCAGAGCUGCCGCCCGCAAUGCCGACUCCCCAGCCCUCGGCGUCCCCCGAGCCGUCCCAGGUGCAACCACCCGCGACCCCGUUGGGAGAUAUCACCAGCACAACCAUCAAUGAACAGCCCACUCCAACGUCCUUGGCGGAUGAGACGCUUGCCACAGUCAAGCCGAUCAAGGCCAUGGACACCAUCCUCGAGAAACCCAUGGACAUCGUGCUGAAGUCGCGAACCAUGACUGUUCCCAUCAUUGAGGACACCGGUCCGAAGUCGCGCAUCGUCAUUACCUAUCUGAUCUUGACCAACUUCAAGAGUUACGCCGGAAGGCAAGAGGUUGGACCCUUCCAUUCCACCUUCUCCUCCGUCGUCGGGCCCAACGGUUCCGGAAAAUCCAACGUCAUCGACUCUCUGCUCUUUGUGUUUGGCUUCAGGGCGAGCAAGAUGAGACAGGGCAAGCUGUCUGCCCUUAUCCAUAAUUCGGCACAGUAUCCAAACCUGGAUUACUGCGAGGUCGCUGUACACUUCCAGGAGGUUAUGGACAUGCCUGGUGGCAGUCACAAUGUAAUCCCCGACUCGGAUCUCGUCAUCUCGAGAAAAGCAUUCAAGAACAACUCGAGCACAUACUACAUCAACGGCAAGACAUCAAAUUUCACGACCGUCACCACUCUCCUCCGUGAGCGAGGCGUCGAUCUCGACCACAAGCGCUUCCUUAUUCUUCAGGGCGAGGUUGAGUCUAUUGCUCAGAUGAAGCCGAAGGCCGCGAAUGAGCACGAAGAUGGUCUGCUGGAGUACCUCGAAGACAUCAUCGGCACAUCAAAGUACAAGACGCCAAUCGAAGAAUCGGCAGCCGAGGUGGAGACUCUAAACGAUAUCUGCAUGGAGAAGAGUGGGCGUGUGCAGCACGUCGAAAAGGAGAAGAACAGCCUUGAGGACAAGAAGAACAAGGCGAUUGCCUACAUCCGGGAUGAAAACGAGCUCGUGAUGAAGCAAUCUGCGCUGUACCAAGUGUACAUCAGCGAAUGCAGCGACAAUGUGGCCGUCACCGAAGAAGCCAUUGGUCAGAUCCAAGCAGAGCUCGAUGCCGAACUCGAGAAACACCAAGGCAGCGAGAAGGUUAUCAAGGACCUCGAAAAGGCAUACUCAAAAGGCAGCAAAGAAUACGAGGCUCAGGACAAGGAGACCCAGAGCCUAGCCAAAGAGAUGGCCAAGUUUGAUCAGGAGCGCGUCAAGUUCGAUGAAAAGCGCAAGUUCUUGACCGACAAGCGCAAGAAGCUCGAGAAGACCAUUGCCAAUGCCGAGAACACCACAGCGGAGGCCGAGCAGACCAUCGAGGAAUGCACCCAGGAUAUUGAGACCCGCAGCCAGGAGAUCACCAACCUUGAACAGCAGGUCGUUGAGGAGGAAGCGGAACUCGCAAAUAUUCGUGAGGGUCUCAAGGGCAAGACUCAAGCCUUCUCCGACAAGAUCGCCGCCAAGCAAAAGUCUCUCGAGCCCUGGAACGAAAAGAUCAACCAGAAGCAGUCGGCAAUUGCUGUUGCAGAGAGUGAGCUUGCCAUUCUCCAGGAGAAGGCCAAUGCAGGCGCUGUGGCCCUUGAGGAGAUGCAGAACAAGAUUGCAUCUAUCGAGGAGGGACGAGCUGCGAAGACGGAGGAACUCGAGGCGUGCCAGGUCCAGAAGGACGAGCUGGAGAAAGAAGCCAAAGAGUGCACCUCUGAGCUGGACAUUCUUGCCCAGCAAGAGCCCAAGAUCCGAUCAAAGCUCUCCAAUGCUCGGCAAAAGGCUGACGAAGCCAGGUCAAGCCUUGCGCAGACCCAGACCCAGAGCAAUGUCCUGACUGCCCUCAUGCGUAUGAAGGAAUCUGGCCGUAUCGAGGGAUUUCACGGACGGCUCGGAAACUUGGGAACGAUUGAUCCCAAGUACGACGUCGCCAUCUCCACUGCGUGUGGUGCCCUCGACAAUUUCGUCACCGACACCGUCGAGGCGGGCCAGCAAUGCAUUGAGUAUCUCCGCAAGACCAACCUUGGACGCGGUAACUUCAUUUGCUUGGACAAGCUUCGAGUCCGAGACCUCAACCCCAUUGAGACCCCUGAAAAGGCGCCGCGCUUGUUCGACUUGGUUAGUGCCAAGGAGGACAAGUUCCGCCCUGCCUUCUACCAUGCUCUGCAAGACACUCUUGUAGCCAAGGAUCUCGCGCAAGCAAAUCGCAUCGCUUACGGCGCCAAGAGAUGGCGGGUUGUCACUCUUGACGGAGAGCUCAUCGACAAGUCUGGUACCAUGUCCGGUGGAGGUUCGUCCAAGAAGAAAGGUCUCAUGUCCUCCAAGCUUGUCGCCGAUACGUCCAAGGAGCAGGUCGACAAGCUUGAGGGUGACAGAGAUUCGUGGGAGAAGAAGUUCCAAGAGUUCCAGGACUACCAACGCCAGAUGGAGACGCGUCUCCGGGAACUGAAAGAGCAGAUCCCUCAGCUCGAGACCAAGAUGCAAAAGAUCAACCUUGAGCUCGGCAGCUCGGCGAAGAACCUCGCCGACGCCCAGCGCCGCAUCAAGGAACUCAGCAAGGAGCACCAGCCAUCUCAGUCUGACGAUAACCGCAUUGCCGCCCUGCAGAAGGAGAUCUCCAAGCUGAACAAGGAGGUUGAGAAGCUCCACGGGGAGACGGCCAGCGUCGAGGAGGAGAUCAAGAUGCUCCAAGACAAGAUCAUGGAGGUUGGUGGUGAGAAGCUGAGGGCUCAGAGGGCCAAGGUCGACUCUAUCAAGGAAGAAAUCUCGUCUCACAACGAGGAGAUUUCUAACGCCGAGGUCAGGAAAGUCAAGGCCGAGAAGCAGCGGGCCAAGCUCGAGAAAGACCGCGCCAAGGCCACCAAGGAGCUGGAUGCCAGCACUCGUGACAUGGAGAAGCUGGACAACGAGAUCCAGAACCAGGGCGACAAGGCCGAAUCCCUCGAGACUGCGGUCGCCGAGGCUCAGGAGAGCCUCAAGGUCAAGAAGCAAGAGCUGGCCGAGCUCAAGUCUGAACUCGACGAGAAGACUUCCGAGCUCAACACGACUCGUGCAGUUGAGAUCGAGAUGCGGAACAAGCUCGAGGAGAAUCAAAAGGUUCUUGUCGAGAACCAGAAACGCCAGCGGUACUGGGACGACAAAUUGUCCAAGUUGGCCUUGCAAGACAUUCACGACCUCGAAUACGGCAAGCCGCUCGUUAAGGCCGAGCCCACCGACGAGGAGCAAGGCUCACUCGAGUCUACCCCCGAGCCCGACCCCAAUGAGCAGCUUGAGGCCGACACGACCGCAGUCAUCAACCGCGCUGCCUCUCUGGAGCUGCCUCGCUACUCCAAGGAUGAGCUCGCGGACAUGAGCAAGGAGACGCUCAAGGGCGAGAUUGCCCUGCUCGAGGAAAAGACCCAGAAUGUCAACGUCGACCUGGGCGUCCUCUCCGAGUACCGCCGCCGCGUCGAAGAGCACGCGGCGCGCUCCUCGGACCUGGCGACCGCCGUGUCGUCGCGCGACGCCGCCAAGAAGCGGUGCGACGACCUGCGCAGGCUGCGCCUGGAGGGCUUCAUGGAGGGCUUCAGCAUGAUCUCGCUGCGUCUCAAGGAAAUGUACCAGAUGAUCACGAUGGGCGGCAACGCCGAGCUGGAGCUCGUCGACUCGCUCGACCCCUUCUCCGAGGGCAUCCUGUUCAGCGUCAUGCCCCCCAAGAAGUCGUGGAAGAACAUCAGCAACCUGUCUGGUGGUGAGAAGACGCUGAGCAGUCUGGCCUUGGUGUUUGCGCUGCACCACUACAAGCCCACGCCUCUGUACGUCAUGGACGAGAUUGACGCUGCUUUGGAUUUCCGCAAUGUAAGUUACCCUCUGCGCUCCCCCUGUCCCCUUGCAGUUCUAACGAGCCCCGAUCUCCAGGUUUCGAUUGUUGCCAACUACAUCAAGGAGCGGACCAAGAACGCCCAGUUUAUUGUCAUCUCCCUGCGCAACAACAUGUUUGAGCUGGCGGCUCGUCUCGUCGGCGUCUACAAGGUCAACCAUAUGACCAAGAGCGUGACGAUUGAGAACCAGGACUACAUAGUCAGGCCGGGGCAGCAGCAGCAGCAACAACAGCAACAAAAUCAGACUGUACAGCUGACGCAGCAGCUUAGAUGA